AUGGGAUUUCCAAUAGAACGGCUAAUGCUAACGCUCGGUCCACCACGAUUUGAAUACUCUAUGCAUAAUUUUCUGUAAAAAUGGCUAAAAUCUACAUUUUUAUUGGAGUGGAUCCUCGAGAUUUAGACAAAAGCUAAACAAACCGCUAAACCUGCAUUUUCCUUCGACAGAAGCCAUCUGCGGCUCCGCCAAAGCCGACAGGAACCAACGCCGCUGCAAAGUCCCGCCUGGCUGCCAUCAAAGCAGCCAUGAGAGCCAAACAGCAGGCGGCCGAAGCGGAGAAGGCUUCCCAAGACGCCGCCAGCGAUGGCCUCCCCGCCGAGAAAGCGGAUCCUCCAACCGAGGCCUUAAAGUCUGAAACGGUGGUCUUUGAUGGGGGGUUCUUCAAAGUGGAGAGUCCAGCCAAAUCAUCAAUCAGGAGAUCGGGUCAUGUGAGCGCCGCCGUGCCGCCUCAGGCCUCCCCCCGCUAUAUUACACCUAAAAGAGCCACUCGGCGGUCCCUGGCUUUGGAGCGCACUCCCGUCGGUUCUGGCGUUCAGCUUUCCCGCUCCGCCCUCAAGCAAACUCCUGCAUCAAGGUGUCAGCAGGAAACAAACGCCUCGCUUUGCUUCUCACCUGUGAUGGAGGUACCUUCCAUUGAAGAGAGAAGCCCCGCCCAGAUGGCAGGAAGUGUCUCCCCGCCUACCAUUUCUGUAGAAGUGAACUCUGCAGAACCAGCUGGCCCGUUCGGUCUGUCGCCGUGUGCUGGUCCGGCCUCCCCUGCUGUGCAGGUUCCUGCUGAAACCCCAAACAGCUCAGUCGUUGAGGUAAAACCGCAUUUCAACCGUCCGACUCAAGUUAAGUCAGAGUCUGGUCUAAGGCUGCCACAGUUAAUCGACUACUAAAAUAGUCGACAAGUC